CUCGACACUAUUCCCCACCAAAAAUUGCUUCAAAAAAAAAAUUGCUUCAAAAACUACGCCCCACCAAAAAUUCGAAUUCCACACCUUCCCUUCCCUCGCAGCUCGCGGCCCCAGCCAUGGCGGCGGCCUCCGCUCUGCAGCCCGAUCGCCACCUCCUCCUCCUGGCCGGCCGCCACCGGCCCCUCCUCCGCGUCCUCCCGCCACGCGCGCCCCUCCGGCGGCCGCGCUGGCGCGUAGCCGGGAGGGUGGUGCCGUCCGGCGACGGCGCGGGCGUGGGAGCUGGCCUCGCGAGCACCGUGGAGGUGGAGGCGGAGGCGCUGCCGGUCCUGAUGCCGGUGGUGGUGGAGGAGCUGGGAGGGUGGGGAGGCGGGGAGGGGCAGGAGGAGGACAAGGAGGAGGCGGGCGGGGCUGCGAGGCGGCCGUCGUGGUGGGAGGGGUUGCCCGAGCGCUACAAGCUCAUCGGCGCCACCUCCCUCGCCUUCGCCAUCUGUAACAUGGACAAGGUUAACUUGAGUGUUGCAAUCAUUCCAAUGGCACAUCAGUAUGGUUGGGACUCAUCAACUGCUGGCUUAGUUCAGUCCUCAUUCUUCUUGGGUUUUGCAUUGAGUCAACUACCAGGAGGAUGGCUGGCAAAAUUGUUUGGCGGAAGGAAAGUGCUUGUGGCCGGUAUUGUGGCAUGGUCAUUGGCCAUUUCUAUUAUUCCUUUUGUAGCAGGGUUUCUGCCAGGACUUGUGUUGUCAAGGAUUCUGGUAGGUAUUGGAGAAGGUCUCUCACCAUCAUCUGCUGCAGAUUUAAUUGCUAGGUUCAUUCCCUUGCAAGAACGAUCAAGAGCAGUUUCCGUUGUUUAUGAUGGUUCAAGCUUUGGAAGUGUUUUAGGACUUCUGUUUGCCCCUCCCAUCAUUCAGAACCUUGGAUGGGAAUCCGCCUUUUACAUACUUGGCCUUCUUGGGAUUAUUUGGUGUCUAGGGUUUGAAUCUCUUAAAGAACAAAAGUUAGGUGAAAAUGAAGGCACACUAAAUUUGGGUCCAAGUUCUGCUGGAUCUGAUGGCCUUAUCUCAUCAGCCGUUUCUUCAAAAUCAUCAAACUCGUCAUUGGAAGAUACGCAAAAUUCACUUAAGGAUGUGCCCUGGGGAGCAUUUUUCAAAAGCAAGGCAGUGUGGGCAAUGAUAUAUGCGCACUUUUGUGGAAGCUGGGGGCAUUAUACGUGCUUGUCUUGGCUACCAACAUUCUUUAGUCAAGAGCUGAACCUGAGCUUGGCAGAAGCAGCAUGGGUGUCAAUCCUUCCUCCUUUGGGUUCAAUGGUCGUUACAUCAAUUGUAGCACCUUUUGCAGACAACUUGAUAUCAAAUGGAGUUGACACCACAAAGGUACGGAAAAUAUGUCAAACAAUUUCCUUUGUGUCACCCGCGAUCUUCUUGAUGCUUUCCUCCAUGGAUCUUGGACUACCUCCCUGGGAAAUAGUUGCUUUUCUUACAAUUGGUCUAUCACUCUCCAACUUCGCAUUGUCAGGGCUUUAUUGUACCCAUCAAGAUAUCUCUCGUGAAUAUGCUAGCAUUCUCCUGGGAAUCACAACCACCAUAGGCUCUGUGCCUGGAAUUGUUGGCAUUGCACUGACAGGCUAUCUUCUGGAUUCAACACAUUCUUGGAGUGUAUCACUCUUUGCACCUGCUAUAUUCUUCUACUUAACUGGUACUGCAGUAUGGUUAGCGUUUGCCAGCAGUGAGCCCCAGGAUUUUGCUAAGUCAGAACGGGAGUCAUGACAUAUAUAUAGUUUCUCCUUCUGCACAGAAGGGGUCAUUUCAGAAGGAAAUUUUUUCUGUUUAGGCAUAAGUAUGGGGCUCUUAGGCACUGAACACAUGGAUAUUAUGUUCAUUUCUUUUUUUCAGUUGUCAGAUAGAAGAACAGUGCAAAAGGGCAAAACUAUUCUGUAAAUACGUUUAGGCAUUCAAUGACGUGCAUAUAUAUAGGACUUUUCUGAUCAUUUUUCACAUUUUACACUUUGUUGGUAGGGGAGGAAUAUCUUUGUUAUGGAGAGUUCUGCAUUGGUUGUAACUUCCUGUUGUAAAACAGUGUAAAUAUGUAGGACACCAUAUGACGUCCUUGGUCAACACAAUAUAGAAUUGUAGUAUAUCGAGGAGUCAAUCCUCAAUUUGCUUGGUAGUUGCUACUACCUACGCAGAGUCAUUUUUA